CAUUGGAAACAAGUAUAUUAUGUAGAUUAUUAAAACAAUGUCAACUCUACAAGUUGUAUUUAUUGUUGGAUUAUUCAAAAUAUUUUGCAUAGAAAAAGCUGAAAGCAAUACACUAGUUGGACAAAAACAUAAACUUCACUAUCACUAUGAGACCUUCAACUACACGACAUUGGACUUCACGCACGCUGAAAGUCCUGCUUGGGACCCUGACUUAAACACAUUGUAUUGGGUUGAUGUACUUAACCAAAAUGUGCAUGCGUUUGAAUAUACCACUAAACAACACCGAUUAAAACAUAUAGGAAAAGGCGAAGUAAACAUUGUUUUACCAAUAGCAGACAGCAAACGUCUGUUAAUUGGAGUGCAAUCUUCCGUAUAUCUGUUAGAUUGGGAUGAACCUUUACCUUCAUCAUUACGCUUUAUAGCAGCGUUAGAUAUUGGAAGUCCAGACAAUAUCUUGAAUGAAGGAAAAGCUGAUGUGAAAGGCAGAUUUUGGGCAGGUACAAAGGGUCCGCAGUACGGUGACACUGUGUUGCCAGAUCAAGCUGCGCUCUAUAGUUUGGAGCAACCACAUUUCGAGCCAAGAGUUCAGCUGAAGCCCGUAUCUAUAUCUAAUGGAAUUGUGUGGUCAUUGAAUAACAGCAUUUUGUAUUAUAUAGACUCGGAUACGAGAAGGAUUGAUGCAUUCGACUUUGAUGCAAGAAAAGGACGAAUUAGUAAACGUCGCACAAUAGUUGAUAUCAGCAAGUAUAACUUUAUGAAAACCACGCCUGAACCCAUACCUGAUGGAAUGACUAUAGACAGGGAUGGAUGCCUUUGGGUUGCCCUUAUGUUUGGUGGAGCGGUUAUACGUAUAGAUCCAGAUCAGAAAAAAGUAGUGGCAAAAAUUAGCUUGCCAGUUUCCCGCGUAACUUCCGUAGUGUGGGUUGGAGACACAUUAGAAGAGUUGGUUGUGACCACAUCGCGACGCAACAUGGACGCAAGGGAGCUAGAACGGGAACCAUAUUCUGGGAAUUUAUUUAUUCUUAACAAGCUUGGUACUGGAGGAGUACGGAGCUAUAAACUUAUUUUUAAUGAUUCGGAUAUUUAUUGAAUUUGUAUAA